AUGGCCAUCGACGAAAUAGUUAGCGAUCCAAAUCUGUCGACAGUCCUCAAUGCCUCGCGCGACACCCGUUUACAGGCCCUGGGCCUCGUCGAUCAGAUAGCGGCGGCCGGUCCGAUCGUGCACGCUCCCACCGACGCCCAGCUCGAGACGUCCAAGCAGCAGAAGCUCCUCAUAACGAACCUCGCCCAGCUGCGCGGCCUCCAUCGAGCUGCUUACUUCGGCGCCCGCCAGACCAAAGCCCAGACGUCCGAGGCGCGGCAGGAGGUUGACCGUCUGCAUCUGCAGCUCCAGAACCUGUACUACGAGCAGCGACACUUGCAGGGAGAGAUAUCUGCUUGCGAGUCCUACGAGUCAGUGCCCGUUACAAUCUCAAGAUCUACAAGACCUACAAGAACCGAAACCCCUCAAGAAUACAUGCACUCAGCAACCCAACUUGCACAAGAGCUAAUCAAGUUCACAAACAGCCAUUCUUACCAGCAGCUGCCAUUGAUACCCGUCGAAGAGUUUCUCACGUUGAAGCCGGAGCAUGCUGACGAUGACGAGAACACCCUGAUGGUCGCCAGGAUUGAGCAUGAGCGGAGCGAGCGCGAGGCUUUAGAGCAGAAACGUAUGGAGCUACUGAAGCGGAAGCAGAAGCUCAUUGCCGACAACAAGAGGAGGAAGGACGGCCUGUCAAAUCUUGACAAGGAGCUUGAGAAGUUCAUCGAUGUGGGUGUACUCUGCAACACGUUCAUGUGUUUACCAGCGCUUACACGAAUGCAGUCUGCGAAACCGAUUACGAAGCUUUUCGACAAGAAUGUUUGA